AUGCCCCACCGUGCCUCAUCGCCACCGUUAAUCAGCCUCCCACUCCUCAUCAUUCUUUUACCUAUCCUCACCUUAACCCUCCUCUUCCUCGCCGUACCUCCGCUUCUCUCCGCCGCCACCAACAUCCUCCAACACUCCCCCGUUAAAACCACCUGGAACUGGAACUGGAACUCCUUCAACAUUAUCCUCGUCUUUGUCGCCAUCCUGUUCGGCGUUUUCGCUAGACGAAACGAAGACGAAUCGUCACCGCAGCAAAGCCCCACCGAUGCUGUUCCCGAUCAAAACAUUGCCUUCCGAAGAGUUUCGGUAUCGUCUCAUGGAGUUGAAACUGGUGGCUAUGAAUCGCAGCAAUGGUUUGGAUUCUCUAGUGACGAAACUCCGAACCGGUUGCAGUCGCCGGUUACCGGUGUUAACCGGUUGAGAAGAAGUAGUAGUUCUUACCCAGAUCUACGCCAGAUGGAAACCGAUGAUUCCCGUUAUAAGUUUCGGUUUUUCGAUGAUUUCGAAAUCGAGAAACAGUUCCGUUCGCCGUCUAGGGCAGCAUUUUCCACACCGCACCACCGCAAACAGUUGCCGGAAUAUCGAAGUCAAGAAGAAGAGCAAGUACAUGUUAAGGAAAUUCCUGUAGAUACGUUCCAAACUCGUCCUUCUCCGGUGAAGUUAUCCUCACCUUCUCCGCCACCACCUCCUCCACCUAUUUCUCGGCGUCGUCAAUCACAGAGUAUGCAUCAGACAGUAGAGAGUAGGAGCGAGAUAACGGAGCUUGAAGAUCCUGAGUUCACAAGGAUCGAUUCUCCGCCACCGACACCUCCGCGCCCGUCGGCGAAAACACGAUCGGAGCAGAAGCACGGAAAGAAUGAGCGAAGAAAAAGUAAUGUGAAGAGAGAGAUAGCAAUGGUUUGGGCUUCGGUACUUUCCAAUCAGAGAAAGCGAAAGAAGAAAGAGAGACCAAGAAACGAUCAUAAUCACCAUUACGAUAAUGUUGAUGAAUUAACAAAAAAUGCAACAGCGCCACCGGUGACUCCACCGCCACCUCCUCCGCUGCCUCCACCUUCAGUUUUUCACAGUAUAUUUAGAAAGGGAAUGGGAAAGAGUAAGAAAAUCCAUUCAGUCCCAGCGCCGCCUCCUCCUCCUCCUCCGUCAAGAAGAUCGGCUAAGCCAAAGAAUCAAAUCCCCCAGCCUCCACUGUCUUCUCCACCGUCAAGGAGAUCUUCUAAGCCUCUGAAUCAAAUCCCCCUGCCUCCGCCGACGCCACCUCGCCAGGGAAACCGCACGAAACCGCCAUUGCCAAACAAAUCGACCAACUUUAUGAAUGACACUUUAAACGUCGGCAACCAGUCGCCUCUGAUUCCCAUUCCACCACCUUUACCACCGUUCAAGAUUCCUGCAAUGAAGUUCGAACUUCACGGGGAUUUUGUUAAGAUACUAAGUAACCAGAGCUCGCGAUGUACUUCGCCGGAGCGGGAGCACAUUGAUGGGGAAGUUUCAGAAACCACCACAUUUACCAACUCUGUUACGAAUCAUAAGAACGACGGGAAAGCCUACGUUUUCUGUCCAAGCCCUGACGUGAACGCGAAGGCCGCAACAUUCAUUGCUCGACUCAGGGGAGAAUGGAGGCUACAAAAGCUCAACUCCAUCAAGGAGAAAGGCAAUGGCUCAUUGCCUCUUGCAAGUGAUUUGUUACACUAA